AUGGCGUCUCCGUCAGGCAGCACCAAGCAGAAAACCAGCGAAACGCUGAGCACGGCUAAAGCCGGAACUUCACCGGGCGAAACCGCCGCGGGCCCCUCUACGAAGCCUGAGCCAAAGCGCUCAUCGGCAGUGAAAUCCUCCGAUACGAAACGCAAAAGUGUCUUGGCAAAGCCUGCCCCGAAUGAGUCUAAGAACUCUGGGCCUAAAAAGAAGGGCAAAAAGCCUGAAGAAAAGGAGGACUUCACGGAUUUACGAGGAAGACUUGACAAAUUGGAAUCCUUAAUGGAGAGAAUGGUGGAUUUUUUGCCUUGUCAAUCUGCAACUCGCCCCACAGGGGAUACACCACCGACAGCAUGUACAGCUGCGACGAACGUGAGAUUUCUUCAAGUUGAACAUGAUGAUGAUGAUUUUGAGCAUAUUGACACUGGAAACAUGGGCCAAUGCCCUACGUCAUAUGACAUUGGCAGCAUGGAUGAGGGUGAUGUCAACGAAACUGUUGCACCAGGUUUAGACCAGGAGAAUGAGGACAAACUAGAGGAAAAUGUGUUGGAGGAAGCUGGAGGGAAAUACCCUCCUCCAAGCAAUUGUACUCCACUGUGUUGCCCCAAAGUGAAUGCAGCAAUAUGGGAAAACCUAUCCUCGCACACGAGAAGCCGUGAUUUGAAACUGCAAAGAAUCCAAAAGCCUUUGACAAGGGGACUCACAGCUUUUAUUCAAACUCUGUCCCCCGAUAGCCUAUCUGAGACACAACAGGAUGCAUUGGCAUUGCUGUGUAACACAAACUUUGAAAUCAACUGCUUACGCAAAGAUCAGAUUAAGCCAGACUUAAAUGCCAAGUACUCACAUCUAUGCAAACCUGCCACACCAGUGAGUCAGUACUUAUUUGGCGAUGACUUAACAAAGAGAGUCAAAGAUCUUACAGAACAACAAAAAGCUGCAUCUGGCGUGGUGCGUGGACAACGUAUACACCCCGCCCCCAGUACCAUCCGUACAGGACGCAAGCGUCCAGCACUUUUCAAUACCGCAGACAAGGAUGGAACCGUGCCACCGGCACAUCACAAACUUUUCCAAGUAGCAGGCCCGCAAGUGGGAACUACAACAGGCCCUUUUUUAGGCCAGCGAACCCAACGAGGCAGACCAUAUAGAGCUCCGCCACACACCCAGACGAUGAGCAUGGAAAACAGACCCAAUCCUUCCAGCGGCCACAGGCAGCAAGGAGGAAAUAGCUACACCAUUACCCAAAGAGGUUAUGCGGCAACACUUUUAGAAUCGGGGACUAAGCAGAUGAACAGUGGAUAUCAUUACAGCUUCAUGGAGAGCAUCAACCUGCAAGCAGUACCAUUACCUCCAAGCCGAGGUGGAAACGGCACAAAUAAAACUUUUGAGGCUGAUAAAGCCGUCGAAUUUGAGAUCAAGUCCGUGACAGGCGACAAGACAGUGAGCGUUGCCUUUGCUAAACCCUUUGCAGUCGGAGUGACCGCCCUCACCACUAUCUACGAUCCGGGUGUCAGUGCUAAGGAGAAUAACAACGUUGUUGAAGGCGUUGGUGAUCAUACCGAUACGAAGCUUGUCAUCAAUUCCAUUGUCCUCGACAUCGUCCUCGUCGACGAGCACGGAGUACAGAUCGUUCUCGGUAAAGAUGAAGAAAUACUCCUGACAUUCGCGUCCAGCGAACCGGGAGGAUUCAAGGAGAGAAUUUGCCGGUAUUAUGAUGAAGACGUGUCCAAAUGGUCUCGUUUUGGCUGCUACGUUCAAACCUCCAACACAAGUGUUGUCACUUGCGCGUGUAACCAUACCACCAGUUUCGCAGUGCUUCUACAGUUUGAGGAUUGUGCGAUUGACGGUGCCAACCUUCAGAUCCAGACUUUAAUGACUCGAAUCUUCAAUUCCAUCUCCAUCUUCGCCCUCUUCCUCUCCGUCAUCAUAUUCACCUAUCUCAAAUUGUACACCUCUGACCAGGUCAAAGUUCACAUCUGCCUUGCCAUCUCACUGGCCUUGGCCCAACUGGUGAUGCUGUUUAUGGGCCAGACCGAACAUAAGGGUAUCUGUCGGGCCAUAGCUGGUAUCAUGCACUAUUUGUUGACCGCUUACUGCAUCUCAAUGAUCCUUGAAGGGACACUGCUUCACCGCAAGGCCUCCCGGACUCACAAGGCCCCAGCCAAGGGUUGGGUGAUCUUACUCUGCGUUUGGGGCAUUCCAUGUGUGAUGAUAGCCGUAAUGAUGGGAAGUGUCAUUGAUGGCUAUGGUGGUGAAUGUGCCUGCUGGUUGAACGUGCAAUACGGAACCAUGUGGAUUUGGCUUGCAGAGGUGUGUCUUGUCGUAGCGGUUAACACCGUUCUCCUGUCUCUGAUCAUGCGCACAUUUAUCUCUCUCAAGGCGAACACAAAGAAGAGCGAAACUGACAGACUCAAGGCUACAGCUCGUGCUUUGUUGAUCAUGAUGCCUAUGCUGGGAAUGACUUGGAUGUUUGCUCUGCUACAAGCUUCGUUCAAAAAUGUCUUCUUGCAGUGGUUAUUCAUCCUACUCAACGCACUGCAAGGACCCGUGUUCUUCGUGUUUCAGUGCGUCAUGAAUCCAGAGGUGAGAUACAUUUAA